AUGGCGCUCCACGACGAGAAGCACGAGUGGGGUGCUACCCGCGUGCGGGACACCUUUUUGGACUACUUCAAGGAGCGCGGCCAUACUUUUGUGCCCUCCUCCUCCGUCGUGCCGCUCUCCGACCCGACCCUCCUCUUCACAAAUGCCGGCAUGAACCAGUACAAGGCCAUCUUCCUCGGCACCGUCGACCCCGCCUCCGACUUCGCCCAGCUCAAGCGCGCCGUAAACUCGCAGAAGUGCAUUCGCGCCGGCGGAAAGCACAACGAUUUGGACGAUGUGGGCAAGGACAGCUACCACCACACCUUCUUUGAGAUGUUGGGGAACUGGAGUUUUGGCGACUACUUCAAGAAGGAGGCAAUACAGUACUCCUGGGAGCUCCUAACGAAGGUGUAUGGGAUAGACCCCAAGAGGCUGUACGUGACGUUCUUUGAGGGAUCAGAAGGGCUGGAUCCGGAUCUAGAGGCGAAGGAGCUGUGGAAGGACGUGGGCGUGCCCGAGGACCACAUUCUGCCCGGCGACAUGAAGGACAAUUUCUGGGAGAUGGGCGACCAGGGACCAUGCGGGCCUUGUUCAGAAAUCCAUUACGAUCUGAGACAACCGGAAGGUGAAAACUACAGGAACGCCGCAUCCCUGGUCAACCAGGACGACCCGGAGGUCAUCGAAAUCUGGAACAACGUCUUCAUUCAGUACAACCGCGAGCCCGACAAGUCACUACGGCCGCUUCCGAACAAGCACGUCGACACUGGGAUGGGCUUUGAGCGAUUAGUCUGCGUGCUGCAGGGCAAGAAGUCGAACUACGACACCGACGUCUUCACCCCGCUCUUUAAAAGGAUACAAGAAAUCACCGGAGCUCGGGAUUACAGGGGCAAGUUCGGCAAAGACGAUCCAGAUGGUAUCGAUACCGCAUAUCGGGUCGUCGCCGAUCACGUCCGAACACUUUCCUUCGCCAUCGCCGACGGUGGUGUACCCAACAAUGUCGGCCGAGGUUACGUUGUGCGCCGCGUGCUACGAAGAGGAGCCCGCUACGCCCGGAAAUACUUCGAGACGGAUAUUGGGGAUUUCUUCUCGAAGAUCGUGCCCAGCCUCGUUGAGCAGAUGGGCGACAUGUUCCCGGAGAUCAAGAAGAAAGAGGCGGAUAUCAAGGAGAUACUAGACGAGGAAGAGAAGAGCUUCGCCAAGUCAUUAGAUCGCGGCGAGGUCAUGUUCGAGAAGUAUGCACAGAAGGCGAAGGUCAAGGGCUCGAAUGAUCUGCCUGGAGACGACGUCUGGCGGUUAUACGACACCUACGGAUUCCCUGUCGAUCUUACGAAGCUCAUGGCCGAAGAGCGCAGCCUUAACAUCAAUGAUAAAGAGGUUGAGGAGGCGCAGGAGAGGGCUCGCGAGGCCAGCAAGGGCGACAAGAAGGCCGGCGCCGUCCUCGUCAAGCUCGACGUACACGACCUGGGUGCACUAGAGAACAUGAAGGACGUUCCGAAGACAGACGACUCUCCCAAGUACGGGCGGGAGAACAUCACCGCUGUCAUCAAGGCAAUAUAUCACAACAAGAAGUUCCUGACCAGUACGAAGGAGGUACCAGAGGGCGAGCAGUUCGGUGUGCUACUUGACCGGACGAACUUCUAUGCCGAGCAGGGUGGCCAGGAAUACGAUACUGGCAGGCUACUUGUGGAUGACGAGGCGGAGAUUAGCAUUGAGAACGUCCAGGUGUAUGCGGGCUAUGUGCUACAUACGGGCUACCUCAAGUAUGGCGAGCUGAGCGUCGGAAGCGAAGUCAUCGCAGAGUAUGACGAGCUCCGGCGGCAUCCGAUCCGCAGCAACCAUACCGGGACGCACGUUCUCAACUACGCCCUCCGAGAAGUGCUUGGCAAUGAAGUUGACCAGAAGGGUUCCCUUGUCGCGCCAGAGAAGCUACGUUUCGACUUUUCGCACAAGUCUGGUCUUUCCGACGCCGACCUUGCAAAGAUCGAGCAGAUCUGCACAGAAUACAUUCGCCAGAAUUCGGAAGUCUUCGCCAAGGAUGUCCCGCUCGCAACUGCUCGCGAGAUCCGGGGCGUUCGUGCUGUGUUCGGCGAGACAUACCCGGACCCAGUCCGCGUUGUCUCCGUAGGCGUGCCAGUUGAGGAUCUCCUGACAGACGUCAAGAACCCACAGUGGGAGAAGGUCUCCGUCGAGUUCUGCGGUGGCACGCACGUCAAGCAGACUGGCGAGAUCAAAGAGCUGGUCAUCCUCGAGGAGUCCGGUAUCGCCAAGGGCAUCCGCCGUAUCGUCGCCGUAACAGGCCAGGAUGCUUACGACGUCCAGCGUCAAGCCUCGGAAUUCGAAGAACAGCUCGCCCGCGUCGAGAAGAUGAAGUACUCGCCAGAGAAAGAGGCCGAGGCAAAGAAGAUGCAGGUCGAUCUCAACCAGCUAACCAUCUCCGCGCUCACGAAGAACCAAUUCCGCGACCGGUUUGCCAAGAUCCAGAAGAGCAUCCUUGACGAGCAGAAAGCUGCCGCCAAAGCAGACAAUAAGCGCGUUAUGGAUAUCGUCACCAAUCAUUUCACCAAGAAUGAGGAGGCACGCUUCUUCGUGGAGAAGGUUGAGUGGUCGAGUAAUGUUACGAAGGCUAUUAAUGAGGCUAUUAAGAGUGUGUCGGGACCGAAGAGUGCGCUGAGGGAGAAGAGCGUGUAUCUUUUCAGUGCAAACCAGGAUGACGGUAAGGUUGUGCACGGAUGUUAUGUUUCUGAGCACUUCAAGGCUCAAGGCGCCGAUGGCCCCAAGUGGGCUUCUUCCGUCACCGGCAUCGUCGGUGGCAAGGCUGGCGGCAAGCCCGGUGCUCCGACUGCGGUCGGCCAGGGCACGAACGCCCACAAGAUCGACGAGGGCAUUGAGGAGGCUAGGAAGUGGAUCGAGAACUUCCAGGUAUGA